AUGGCGAACUGCGAGCUACCACCCAACUCGAACCUGUCGUUCGCGUUGUGGAGUGAGAACACCUACCUGAAGAACGUCGACCGCGUCGUCUAUCUGGUGCUCUUCGGGCUGGUUGGUGGAGCCGCCAUCGCACUGAACGUAGCAGAACUGUACGUCGUCUUCACCAGGAAGUACCGGCUGAUGUUACGCUGCUGUCUCGGCUCGCUGGCUGCAAGCGACCUCCUGUUAUCAGUUUUCGCUGUCAUAAGCAACACUUCCAACCUCAGUCAUCCCAUACUUAGAUGGCCUACGUUAGACAGUGGUGUGGCACUGCGCUGUCCCGCAGGCGUGGCGAGCCCGUCGGUGUCGCUGUACGAGGUGACGCUGACGCUGGUGCUGGUGAUGGAGGGGGGCCGGCCGGCGGACUGCCGGCUGCUCGACCGCUGCUACGAGAGCACCGAAGCCAGCGGCAAGACCUACAUGCGCGUCCUCUUCGGCUUCAUCUUCAUCCCGCUGCUGCUCGCCUUCCUCGUCCUGCACGCCGUCGUCGCCAGCUUCGUCUGGAGGAAGAGGAAGCCGUUCGCUUCUGCCCCCGCCUGCGGCUCACAGAAUGCGCGCUGCGGCAAGGGCCGCGGGGACGGCACCACGUCCAACAGCAGCGGCGACGCGAACCGCUCCAACAACGCCACCAGCAGCUCUGACACGCUGAGCGGGCGCGCCCGCACGGCGGCCGGCGCCGCUUCCACCGCCACCGCUACUGCCACCGGCGUGGCCUCGCCGUCGGGUCCUUUCCAGCGCGCUCCCUCCGCCAAGAAGACGUCCCCGCACACGGUGCGCAACAUCCGCUCCUUCCGGCGCAUCAUCGUCAUGAUGGUGCUCUUCUUCGUGUGCCGCCUGCCCAACUGGCUGUUCAACAUCGUGCACGACGCGGCCGGCACCGGCGACAAGUACGCCUGGUGGCUGGCGCGCUACGGCGUCAACCUGCUGGCGCUGUUCAACAGCGUCGUCAACCCGCUGCUGUACUGCUUCUUCAACGAGACGCUGUCGGCGGUGGCGCGCGUGCGCAGCUGGCUGACGCGGCCGUGCCGGGCCGGCGCGGAACCUCACUGUCAGCAGCAGCCCAGCAGGCAAAGGGAGCCGCCCAGGCCGCCGUCCAUCGUGCCUCGCGGGCCCUACUACGACGCCGAGCACAGAACCGCCAACUGGAAGCCCUGA